UGAGUGGGCAGCAAGUUAAGGCAGCACAGUUCCGGUGUGUGUUUGCGUUUUGCGUUGUCCUUGAACGCAACUCGUCACCGUUCCAGCCUUUGGACCCAGGAGUCAAACAGAUGACGAGUCUUCAGAUAAGUGCGGAGGAGGAAAUGGUGGAGAAAUUUUUAGACGCUGCAGCACGAGGCGAUCUGAGCCAGGUGUCCGCCCUCCUGUCUCACACCCCUUCGCUCAUCAACCAGACAGGAUACAGCGGCUGGACAGCACUGAUGCUUGCAGCUCGCAACGGACACCACCAGGUGGUGGAGAGGCUUCUGUCCCUCGGCUGCGACAAGUUUUCUGCGAACAGCUCGUCUCAAACCGCCUACGAUGUCGCCAAGUUCUGGGGCCACCGACACAUCGCCGACCUUCUGAGCCGCUCGGACGACCAGUGCCAGCGAGUCCUGCCAGCUGCCGACCUCGUGCCGCAGGAGAACUACUUCAGCAGGGAGACGCUGGACCGGCUGAGUGCAAAGAGGACAGACGAGGUCUGGCUGGAGGCCAAACGAAGCGACCCAGAUUCUGUCUACCUCCUGUUCUCCAACCUCAGCCCCAUGAUCAGCACGCCCGAGGAGGACGGCAAACAGAUGGACGCCAAGCUGUGUCGGUUCCGGUAUGAAGCGGUGAAAGACCUCCUGCAGAAACCGUCCACUGUGCUCAUCUUCCUCGGAGCGGAGAGAAAGAAGACUCCCGGCUCUUCCUCCUCCUCCGGGACAGAAGAGGGUAGCCGCGAGCCUCCGGUUUGGUUUGCCAUCAACACCGAUGAAGAUCCAGCGGAGCUCCUGAAACGCUGCAGGGAAAAGAGCCGCUCAUUCCCGAAGACUCCGAACAGAGACCUGCUGAAGUUCAGCGAGGACGAGGCAGGCGUGGUGGCUCAGGCCCGAUCGGUGCUGGCGUGGCACAGCCGCUACAGUUUCUGCUCCACGUGUGGCAGCGGCACCCGGCUGGAGGAGGGGGGGUACAAGAGGAGCUGCCUUAACUCCCAGUGCAGGAGCCUGCAGGGGGUCCACAACACCUGCUACCCACGAGUCGACCCGGUGGUUAUCAUGCUGGCGGUCCACCCAGAUGGAAACCAGUGCUUACUGGGAAGAAAGAAGGUCUUUCCUGCUGGGAUGUUCUCCUGUUUAGCAGGAUUUGUGGAGCCAGGGGAGACGGUGGAGGAGGCGGUAAGGAGGGAGGUGGAGGAGGAGAGCGGUGUGAAGGUGGGUCCGGUUCAGUACGUCUCCUGUCAGCCCUGGCCCAUGCCCUCCAACCUCAUGAUCGGCUGCCUCGCCGUCGCCAUCUCCACCCACAUCAAGGUGGAUGAGAAUGAGAUCGAAGAGGCUCGGUGGUUUCCACGGCAACAGGUGAUCGAGUCCUUGUUGAGAGGAGCCAGCCAGGCCCUCGUCCUGCCCCCCAGACAGACCAUCGCCCACCAGCUGAUCAGACACUGGAUCAGCGUGAACUCCAACCUCUAAGCAGACGUGAUGGACUUCAGAUCAGACCUUUAAAUUGUUUUGAUUUACUUUUAAAUGACUCACACUCAAAGAUCAGAUCACAGAAGAAGAAACUGUUAUAAUAGAAAUGCUUUAAUAAUCCCAGAGGGAAACUGAUUGCUGUAGUAGCUCAGAAUAAUAAUAAUAAUAAUCAAGUCAUCAAA